AUGGUGCAGGAGACCCAUGGAAAUAAGAGAAGUCGCUCUCCAGAUGAAGGACGUACUCAAAAUGAUCAACAGGUCAAAAAUAAGCGCACCAAACCAUCAAAUCAAGUGAAUGAAGAGGCGAAUGUUAUAAUACCCGACGAAGAUGAAGAAGACAUACCAUAUACACAUAACAAUUCAAGAUCAACAACACCACUAAGUGACCUCAGCAGUGAGAAUGAAGAUGAAAUCCAGAUAAUGCGUGAAGCCACUGUUGAGAAUAACAAUACCCCAGCCCAAGAGCUCGAUAUAGUGGAUUUAGAUGAUGACGAUUUGAAGGAAUAUUUUGUGAUAUCAGAAGACGAAGACAAUAAGGAACAAGAGAUUGAAAAUUCCCAAAGAACAGUUCAAGAGCAAUUGAAAGAUACUUCACGCCAAAACACAUCCAAUUUGAAGAAUGCACAUUGUGCUGUUUGUUUUGAUAGUCCCGAACAUACUUACAUUUUACCAUGUGGUCAUAUUUAUUGUGGCGAUUGUGUUUUCAAAGCUUUGAGCUCUACAAAGCAAAGCAAUAGAACUGGUGGACCAUGCAGUUUAUGUCGUACUUUUACAUCUUACAGAAAGGUUACUGUCGGAAUCUUCAAGAAAAAGAGAAAAGUAUUGGUGUAA